CAACCUGAACAGAAGAAAAACGAACCGAAAACCAGAGAAGGCAAAAGAGACGGACCGACGAGCUUCAGGUCGAGAAUGCCGAUGCUGUGGAGGUGGAUAGUGAACAAGACCCGUGACUCGACGCCCUUCUUCUUGGCCUUCGCCACCGUCUGCGGCGUCGUUCCGGGCGUUAUUGGUUACUUCGUUAUGCAGACGACCAACUCCGGAAACCAACAGCUGGAGGCCGAGCUCCGCCGCAACGCCCGACCCGAAUCAAUGAGGAUGGGGCAAGUAAAUAAAGAAAGAUUGGCAGAAUUCCUUGGGGAGUUGCAGCGAAAGGAGAACACAAACGAUCGCUAUGUUGCUGCACUGAAAGGAGAGACAUUGACUAGGAAUCCAUAUGUGAGAAUUCAACCAAUUCCGAAGGCAAGCAACACUGAAUCUGAGAAAGAACAGAAGUAGAUGGAGUUAUGCUGUCAAGGGUAUCUGUAUAUUUCUUCAGAACAACUACAUGGAUGAUGGGUUUUUGCGUUUUUGAUGUUAUACUUAUGCACACCUUUGUGGGAUGUGUCUGCUUUUUAACCACUUUAGAUAUUUGAUUUUUGUCACAAUUAGAUAUUGAAACGCUUUGCGACUUAGACGAAAUUUUGCAAGGAUAAACUUUGAAUGAAGAUCAUGAACGGUUUGGAAUA